GACACAUUUGCUUCCUGUAUGUUUUUAUUUUUUUAUUUAUUUUCUGUUAUGUUUUCCCGCAUCUUCUCCUGUCAGAAGGGUCUCUCAUGAGCAGAAGCAGGAGGGAGCGCAGAAAGAGACGCAAGAUAAACGCCUGUGCCUUUCUCUACUGCAUGUACGCAUGCAAUGCAUGCUGCAGACUAAAUAAGACACCUCCAGUGUUGGAUUAUCUGUCUGGCUGUGCGCUGACUGCCUCCAGACCUGGAGGCCACCCUCCUCCUCCUCUUUCUCCUCCCUUUCACACUGAAGGAAGAGUAGAGACGGUCUUCUGUUUGCCUCCUGCAGACUCCAACCACUCCUGACUUCUGGUCCAGCGACAUGAAUAAGAUGAAGAACUUCAAGAGGCGGUUCUCACUUUCCGUGCCACGAACAGAGACGAUAGAGGAGAACGAGUUUACAGAACAGAUAAACCAGCUCAACAUCUGCUGCAGUGACGGUGUGGUGCCCAGUAGUCUGGGUCUACACAGCCUGCAACCCAGUCCAGUGGCUCCAGACAGCCAGGCUCAAUCUCCUACACAACUGCAGUACUGCAACAAAGUCCCGCACCGCCGAUUCUCCAUGGAGGAUGUAACUAAGAGGAUGUCUCUGCCCAUGGACAUCCGUCUCCCACCAGAGUUUCUGAAGAAGUUACAGAUGGAAAACCCUCCACCGUGCAAACCACUCAGCCGCAUGUCCAGAAGAGCCUCACUGUCGGACAUUGGCUUUGGGAAACUGGAGACAUAUGUGAAGUUGGGAAAACUAGGAGAGGGCACAUACGCAACUGUAUUCAAGGGUCGCAGCAAACUCACAGAAAACCUGGUGGCCCUGAAAGAGAUUCGUCUGGAGCAUGAAGAGGGCGCCCCGUGCACGGCCAUACGGGAAGUGUCACUGCUGAAGAACCUGAAGCACGCCAACAUCGUAACGCUUCAUGACAUCAUCCAUACGGACCGAUGUCUCACCCUCGUCUUUGAGUACCUGGACAGUGACUUGAAGCAAUACCUCGACAACUGUGGAAACCUAAUGAGCAUGCACAAUGUGAAGAUAUUCACAUUCCAGCUUCUUCGUGGUUUAUCAUAUUGUCAUAAGAGGAAGAUUCUCCACCGGGACCUGAAGCCUCAGAAUCUGCUCAUUAAUGACAAGGGAGAACUCAAACUGGCAGACUUUGGUUUGGCCAGAGCAAAAUCAGUCCCAACAAAAACCUAUUCGAAUGAGGUUGUGACCUUGUGGUACCGACCUCCUGAUGUCCUGCUGGGCUCCACGGAGUACUCAACGCCGAUAGACAUGUGGGGCGUGGGCUGUAUCCUGUACGAAAUGGCCACAGGCCGUCCCAUGUUUCCUGGAUCGACUGUCAAAGAGGAACUACACCUGAUAUUUCGACUCAUGGGCACCCCAACUGAGGAGAGCUGGCCCAGAAUCACAGCUAAUGAGGAAUUCAAAUCCUACCUGUUUCCUCAGUACAGAGCACAAGCGCUCAUUAAUCAUGUGCCCAGGCUUGACACAGAGGGAAUAGACCUUCUUACGGCUCUAUUGUUGUAUGACACCAAGUGCAGGAUUUCCGCCGAGUCUGCUCUGAGACACUCUUACUUCCUGACUCUGGGCGAGAACAUCCACUCCAUACCUGACACCUCAUCUGUGUUUUCACUGAGGGAGAUCCAGCUACAGAAGGAUCCGGGACACAAGAGCUCAGUAUUCCAGCCACCAGGUCGAGGCAAAAACCGCAGACAAAGCAUAUUCUGAGGACAAGAAACAAAGCACUGUGCAUGAAAAGAUCGCCAGAACAAAACCAUUAUGAAGCAGACAGCUUUGUUUCUCCAUCUAAAACAUGCAUGCAUCCAUUCACGAACACACCAAUUUAUUAGUCUGUCCUUCAGAAAACAGAUUCAAUAGAAGUGAGUCAUCCUCAGUCAUAAAACUGGCUGGUUAAAAGUGUGGCCGAGGCUCAAUCCAAUCUCUCUUGCAGUCUCAUUUAAGCCUAAAAACCACACUGAUCCUAAAGCUCAAAUCUUUAAAAACAUUUACCCCUGGUUUCACAGACAAGGCCUUAGCCUUGAAACAUGCACUGACAUAUUUUUGUCUCAAGAUGCAGUAAUGCUUCUCUCUCUCUCUCUCUCUCUCUCUCUCUAUUUAGAUUAUAAAAUAUACCUAAAUGUCCUAAUUGAAUUACAGCCUAAACCUGGCUUAGUCUAAGCCCUGACUGUGAAACCAGGCCUUACAAGUAGUAUUUUCAGAUGUUCAUGGUAUUUUUCAUUUGUGCGUAUGUGAAUGUGCGAGAAACAUGGUAGCUAAUUAUUUUCCCAUGGAGUGAAAUUUCUUUAAUUUCUGUUUGAAGUUUGACUAGUUUUGCAUUAUGUGUUUGACGAGUCAUUGCACCAGCUCAUAUUGCAGUUUUUUUUACAAGCGUUCAUUCGAUAUUUCAAUAUCGAGAGGGGUUGACACAUAAAAACUGUAAGUUGUCAUAAUUAUUUGAGCCAUUGCAUAGAGAAUACUUGAAUUCUGUCAUGAUACCAUUGAUCUUUGGCUACUAAAGGUGCUGCAAGUGAUUUUAGCUAACAAAAUUAGACCGCCUGCUUCCUUUCUUCUAAAUCCUGUCCUGUCCACAAAAUGACUGACAGCCAAAGAGUCUUUCUGAUUGGCAAAAAAAAAAAAAAAAAAAACUGUGGUACUCACUUACAGUAUCUUUGACGAGUUAUUAAUUUACACAAUGAUCAAGAGGUGCCUUUUGCAGACCGGAAGAGAUGAUGGGGUCAACUAUCUUGGUCCUUUCAAGUAAUUGCACGUGCAGAUAUUCGUUUUGCCAUUUAAGCUAAUUGCUACUCCGUAUUUGCACAUGACAUCCAAGUGUCCUGGACCUGAAACCUAAUUAUUGUUCACCUUCUCCUAUUGUAUCUUGUAGUUCAAAGAUAAAAGCAUGAGAUUCUUUAUUGUAAAUGGCACUGAGCACAAGCUCGUUUUACUGUGGACAGAAAGCUUAAUCAUUUAAAGGCCCCCGGGGAACAGAAAAAUGAAGAAUGACUGACAAAGAAGAAAAUAUAUUGACUUAAAAUGAUUUAGUUUACCAUUACUGAAGAAGCGGCACUAAUUUAUGUUUUGUGGCAAAUGAAAAUAUUUUAAAUACUCUAUUGAAAAUAAUUAAUAUAUAAAUAUAUGUAUUUUGAAAAGUCUUUUCUUUAUUCUCAGUGAACUAUUGCCAGAAGAAAAAAAAAACUGUUGUAUUAAAAUAUCUUAGAUCAUGUCUAAAUGUUUUAUAAAAGAUUUAGAUUUUUGUAUGAAAUGUAAUAUUAAAUAUUUUGUGUGAUUUGUUCUAUUCUAUUAUGAUAUUCUGAAGCUGAAUGUAUUGUGACUACGAAAAUGCCAAAAAUAAUGAAAUAAUCAAUUAAAUAAAUGCUGACGUUGAGUUGAACCAUG